AUGGCUCUCUCUUUCAAAUAUCUAUCAGAAAUUGUGGAAAGCCAAGAUUUAUUGCCCGAUCUUGAUCGAGAACGAAGAAAGGGAAGAUUUCGGUGGAAAGGGCCUCACUUUUCAGCCUUCAUCCGUUAUGUGAUAACGCUGCCUUCCAACCAUGGGCUUGCCCGCACUGGACUUUUGGACCUCAAGUUUCUGCUCUUCAUUCAUGGAGAUACACCAUUGCGAUGCAGUGAACUAGAAGAAACCAAGAAUAUAAUGGCAGAAAUCGAAUCAAUAGCCAACGAGGCAGGAAUUUUCUUGCAUUCCUUCUUCUUCGCCACAGAUCUUGUCAGGGAUUGGAAAAUAGCUGAAGCGCUUUCUGUUUUGUUACCAAAGUUUAAGAUGAUGCAAGAAAAGAUAAAAAAGCACUGUAUCACUGUCUCAAACCUGCCAAGUGUUACAACUCCAAACACUGCUUUGGUUUCAAUAUUUAUUGUUGAUUCUGUCCUUGAUUAUCUCAAUCAUCUAAUAAAUAGCAGGGACCGUCUCAUUGUUGAUGUGAAGGAUCAAAUUACAACACUCCAUGAGGAACUACAUUUCUCCAGAUCCUUCCUUAGUGACAGCGAGGUGCAGCAAGAUAGAGAAUUGAUUGAAUGUGUAAAGCAACUCAGAGACCUGGCAUAUGAAACUGACUAUAUCAUUAACUGGUAUGUGGCUGGAGAGGUUUUUGAUUGGUACCUCGCUCUCAGGUUCUCUAAUUUCAUCCAGAAGAAUAAACUCAUCAGGAAUGCACUCCCAGAAAUCAAGCUGAAUCAUGGCAUUCAUGACCUAGAAGUUGGAGAAAGUCCCCGUGAAGUAUCAUCCCAAGUUACUAAAAGCAUUCCGAUAGUUGAUGAUAUUAUAGUGGGUUUGAAGGAUGAGAAAAUGAAUAUUCAAAGACAGCUUCUUAGAGGACCAGACCACCGACAAAUAAUUUUCAUCACUGGGAUGCCUGGACUUGGUAAGACUACGUUAGCUAAGAAAUUGUACAAUGAUUCCUCUGUUUUCAACCAUUUCGAUAAGUGUCUUUGGUGUGUUGUUUCUCAAACAUAUCAAAGGAAAAGGCUACUGAUUGACCUUUUGUGUUCCAUGACUAACCUUAACGAAGACAAUUACAAGAACAUGGAAGAUGAUAAGUUGGGGGAAAUUCUUUACAAAAGUUUGAAGGAGAGAAGAUACUUCAUUGUUAUGGAUGAUAUUUGGAAAGUAGAAGCAUGGGAUGAUUUGAAAAUGUACAUUCCAAAAGACAAAACUAGAAGCAGAAAACUAUUCACCAGUCGGAACAAACAUGUGGCUUUGCAAGUAUCAUCUGAGGGCAUCAUUAAUGAACUUCCUUUCCUAUCGGUAGAUGAGUGCUGGGAUUUAUUACAGCAGAAGGUUUUCCGGAAAGCUCUUUGCCCUCCAGAACUCCAAGACGUGGGAAGCAAAUUGCAACAAGUUGCAAGGGGCUACCGCUUGCAGUCACUGUGA